AUGUUUUGUCAAUCUCGGAUUACUUUUUUCUGGCUGCUGGUUUUGAAGGGACGAGGGCACCCAGUGGUUGGAGGUGGUGGGAAGAAGCAGAAAAAGAAGAGAAGGGUAGUGGCCAACCGCUCCGGCUGGGACCCCCUCAACAACUGCAGAAAGAGGGGCACCCCGAACAUACACAUGGGUCCCUCUUGUGGCCCAAAUGAGUGUCGAGUGGGAGCAGCCGAUAAAAAGAGAAAAGAAGCUGGUUUAGAAGAAAAAGAGAUUACAUUAGAGGGGAUUAGAAGCUCCCCAGUAUGUAUCAAUAUGUGUAUACAUAAAUCCACAAAAUGGAAAAAGAUAUAUGAGAAACAUAUGAAGACACUUUCGAAGACUAUGACGAAAUGUAAAACGAAAACGAGGCGGAGGAGUAAGAGGAGAGAGGAUUGGCUAAACGACGGAGACGGAUGCGGUGACGGAGACGGAGAUGGAAUGAUGUGGAAACUAGACACCGCGGCAUUCUCAGAGACACAGAAAGCGCUAGAGAGGACCGUUGGUGCGCGCAAAAGAUGCAGGGUAGGGGUGGCACACAUCCGAUCGAUUGAGGGGAGAGAGGACCCCGGGGGUGAUGAAAAUAGUGCCUUGUGUACCACAGACGCAGGAGGAUGCCCUCUUCGAACGCUUCACUAUUUCGAGAAGAAGAAGAAAAGGGAGAGGAAGAGAAGGUCGCGCACUUUACAGAUGCUACUGGUCUGGUGGUUUAUGAUUUUGCAAAGAGUACAACAGGUUUUUUUUCAAAAAAAAAAGGAGGAUGGUUCUGAAAGGCGUGAAAAUACACAACCAGCAGGACCAGUCCUUUUUUGUCCCCCCAUUUUUUGA